CCCAGGAAGACUGUGGACAAAAAUAGACAUUUUCCAUGGCCAAGUACUUACUGGUAGGCAGGAUUAUGUUGUGUUGUUCUAAUCAGGUGGUCUCUCUUUGUCCUCCUCCCUCCUCCCCCUUCUCUCUCUCUCCCCUCUUCCCCCCCUGCAACCUCCUCGCCUUUUCUUUUCUUUCAUCCCCCACACAGGGCACCAUCUGCUUUCUCUUUCCAUGCUGGCAUUCCAAUCACCGGGAAUGGACGUGUAGUAGUAACUACGCAGCGGUUCCUACAUAUGCCCCGUCGGCCGUUCUUUUCCAGGGUCUCAGAGGAUGCCGUUUCCGAGGAAUGUGUAUGGCGGGUCUUUGUCGAUCGAUGCAGGAGUAUGGAGAGAGCAUGGCUGGAUUCUUCUUUAUUCCGGAUCUUCCCACCCCCCCUCCCCCCUCUCUCCCCCCUCUCCACUUGUACGUAGUAGGGGGGGUGUUAUUGUUUAGCGGACGAUGACCUGUGAAUUGUCUACAAAGGAAUAAGUUAGGGUCAUAAAGGUGUGAUUCUUUUUACUACUCCAUAGUCAUUUUACAGGGGUAUCUACAUACUACAUAGUCGGUUUGCUCCACUCUAGCCCAAGGACAAAGAGACCAACAAAGAGAGCCCACAGGCCAUUGACGGCUCAGAAAAUACAGGCAAGAAUAGGGAGAAGGUGUCUCUUCUAUCUUUAUCAUUAAAG